AUGAUCAGUGUGGUCAAGUACAUCCUGGACCUUGGUGUGGAUAGGUCAGAGGUCAGUGGGAAUGACCUCACCCUCAUAGACCUGGAUGACCCCAUCAAUGAAGCUGAUGUUAUGAAGGAAGUCAGAUCCCAUAAAGAUCACAGAGAGGCUGAGAGACUAACCAAGUUGGACGAGGCUGUUCUAGAGACAGAUACCCCAACUCAGUCACAGGAGGAUGCAGUGGUGACAUUCACUACCGUGACCCACAAGGAUGAAACUUCCCAGACCAGCCUCACCCUCAGCAGGGGAAAGAGAAGCUACCCAGACCUACACACCUUUGUGCAGGACAUGAAGGACGAGUCCAUGACCUCUUUGCUAAGUGAGAACGAAGAGCGAUAUGUCUCCUCACCUGAGGGUGGCGAUAGAGAGAUGAGACACAGACCACACUCAGCACCACUGAGAUCUGUGUUUGGCAUCUCUGAGGACUCUGUCUUUGACAUGGUCCAGAGCGGCCAGUCGCAGGGUGACAUCGGCCCGUCGGCCAUUUUGGAGGAGGCUGCUGUGAUAAAGCACCCAGAGAUGUCCACCUCGACAAUACACAGAUCUCUGCUUCUCGACUCAUCUCUCGCCUCCUCUAAGAUGGUCACUGAGAGCAUUAUCUUCAACAACCCAUGCCCAUCAGAGGAGAAUGUGAGUAUUCAGAAGGAGCUCCCUGCUGAUAAAGUUGACAAACUCCAUGGUCAACCAGUGGAGGAGUAUAUUGUCAAAGCUGAGCAAUGCAUCAUUCAGGUCAUUCAGGAUGCAGCUGUGACAUAUACUGCUGCGCUGGAUAAAACCGACACUUGUGGGAAACUGUCGGAAAUCCUAUCUGUCCAUGUUUCCUCAGAGAAUAUUGAGGAGGCAUCCUCUGAUCUCUUUGGUGGAAUUAUUUCCGACCUGCAUGAGGUAUCUGAGGUCAAUAAGGCCUCCAUGCGUACGAAAUCAGGUCACAAAAUGUUCUGGGUGGAAGUGAGUUCAGGUUCCCAGAAGAUUUAUACCAAAACCCUGGACAAACUAAGGAAGCUGUUCACCUCCCACCAUCGCACUGAGGGAAAAAAUACUCCUGUGCAAAUCGAGCUUUCUGCAACUGGACUACUUGUAACUGAGGCCACUGUGCAGGAAUCUCCUGUAACUGAGGCCACUUUGGCAGUGUCUCCUGUACAGAAGACAGACAGUAAGACCCCUUCUAAGUCCUCAGCCUCAGCCUACCAGCUCACCCUCGACACCUGCACUAAAGGGGUAAUCAAACAGGUGAUCUCGGUGCUGAGGAUGGACACUUCAAAGGAAGACUGCUCCGCUUCCGUUGGGGAGAGCACGUCAAAAUCAUCCUUCGACUUCAACCAGAAGUUGGACUCGAUAAUUUCGAAAUUGGAGGACCUCACCAUUUCGAGUGAUGUGACGUCAGCCGAGAUUGCCACACUCACACGAUCUCUUAGUGCAGCCAGCAGAACCUCUAACAUUUCCAUCCAGAGCUUUCACAGUGCUGAGUUCCGAGCUAAGGCCAAACACAUUGUGAGUGAGACCAUUCUCAGAGCUGCUAGCAAAGCCAGCCAUUCUUUGCUACAGAGCAUGCCUAGCACCACCUUCUCACACCAUGCGGUUUCUACAGCCGAAGAUAUAGUAAAUAUUAUCAUGCAAGACCUUGAAAGUGUAUCCCAGUACACUGUGGACGACGCAGACUCCUUCCCACUAGGAGAGAAAAAGCUGGAGUUCCAGCUCAAACCCAGAGUUGUCUUUGACAACUUAUUGGAUGCUGCUCAAACCAUGUACCACAGAGUAAAUGAUAGACUGAACAUCUUUUUCUCUUUUCCACCAGUGUCAGUCACCACAGCCAAAUAUGUGCUGGACUCCACCCCUGUGGAGACACUCAGACGUUCUAAGUCCGCUGACACUGCUCUUGUUGAGGACAGGAGCCGCCCUCCGUCUGUGAGAAGUGAGAAGCCUUUGUCAAAAGUCUGUUUGGCUAAAAGGUCUAAAACCCUUCUGUCUUCGAGUGGCUCUUCAACAGACCACCAUGUAAUUGACACAUGCAGUGAGGAUGUCACUCUGCCCACCAGGAGUAUGUCAGUUGUGAGCAACAACAGUUUGAAGAGAGCCUCUCCUCUCCACGGCAGUGGAUUGAGUGAAAGUUGCAAACCUCUUGUGGCUCUAAAAGACGUAACAGUGGCAGUCAGCCAAGAAGGCUUUAGCAAAACUGCAAAGAAGACGCUCAGCUUGAUCCUAAAUGUGAUCAAGUGUAGAGUGGCCAACUCUGAGAGUUCAUCUGUUGGGCAGAUUGCAAGUGAGGAGUGUCUGAUAGCCACUAACAUGUUAGACUCUGUACUGGAGAGCCUUGACCAGUUGCCUGACAUGAGCGCUGCCGAUGAGAUCACAAGGACAGAAUCCCAUACCUCUAUCGCAAUGGACGAGACAGGUUCACGGUCAACGCUUGUGAGCCAACAAGAAAUAAACAUAUCUGACACCAAUAUCAUAGUGAAAACUAUAAUGGACACAUUGAAGACGGACGACCCAGAGAUGACUUCAGCAGAAGAACAUCUGGAUAGGCUCCUGUCAGUUGAAGCCCUUCAAGGUGCGUCUGGCAACCUGAUCGCAAAGGUCCAUGGUCUCAUUCAGGAGAUAACCAUAAACCGCCAGCUUCAAUCCAUGGUUGGCCACAGAAGCCUCUCUCAACCAGCGCUGCCUAAACCAGCCCUGAGGAAGCUGUCAAAGGACGAUGCCUCAGAGCUCAUUUACAACUUUGCCCAGACUUCUGUUAGGAGACUCCUGGGGCAGUGUAUGGGAAGGCCUAUGCCACCAUCGGCUGAAAUGGUUUUGGAUCAGGUCAUCAAGUUGAUGACAGACGUGGUGAUGGACAGCCUGACUUAUGUGUCCAAGUCUACAAUGGAGGAUGACACCAGCAAUGCCACAAGUGACAUCACUCAUGGUGUUGUAGCUGACCUUAAUGCUACUGAGGAAUUCCCUGCCAGGAGCCUUAGCCCGGCUGAUGUAAAGGCUGACGGUAUGGCCCGCCUUCCCUCUGCCAGAGGGGAAGAGACUAAGAAGAACAGGAAGUGGCGUUUCCUACCGAAAAUGCAUAAGUUUCCAAAGAUCAUGAUUAAGCUGUUCAAGACAAAAGGGGAACCGAAGAGACACCCUGAACAGGAUGCGCUGCCUACCAAACGUCUCAGAGAGACUCAUAUUUCACAGGAUGCUGAGUGUGAGGUUCCAGAGGUUCCAUCCCCUCCCCCUCCCAAGGAGGACCUGACAACCACACCGGCCCCUGCUCCCCAGGAGUCCCAGUCCCGUAAACGCCCACUCAUAGUCAGGGUGUUACACGCCUCUCUCAGAGCCAUCUCCAAACCAUUCAGAGGAGCUUCUGGGAAGAAGAAUUAG